GCAGCGGCGAAUGGUGAACCCCUCACCAAAAAGGGCAUAAAAAGUCUCUUCUCUUUUUUGCCCUUUAUUCCCGUGACCAGUUGAUUGAACCAGUUUUCCGUUCUUUGUCCUUUAUUUUUUAUUAUAUAUAUUUCAUUGGGAACUAUUUGUAAGUUUUUACGCUCGGGAGAUUGCGUCGAACCAGUGGCUUCUCGUCCCUCUCCUCCGCCCAGGCGAUCCCAACGAAGGAGGAUAUCGUUUCGUAACCCUAGAGGAAGAUCGAUGCAUCUUCUGAUAGGUUAAAUGUACAUUAUAUGGGAAAUUCACCCCAUUUCAUACUAUGUGACUAGAGCCUGAAAUAUAUAUGGGUCUGGUGGUUCUUCAUGAUGUUCCUUUACAGUGUAAAUUGCACAAUGCUAUCUUUACCAGCAAAAGCAGUUAUCAGGCUCCAAAUCACAGAUUCAAGUGGCCUCCUCCUUACUUAAGAAGCCGUUACACUGCAAAGCGUAAAUUUCCAGGCAAAGUUGACAAUCGUGGUCUUUUUAGGCUUCCAGUAUCUGCAAGCGGGGGAGAUUCAAAAGAUGGUCUGACCGAUGCCCUCCUUGAAGGGAAUGGAGAGGGUUUAUCCACUGGCAAUGGAGAACCAGUGGAAUUUAGUUACGAUAAUUCAUCAGCAACAAGGUUUGCUUUGGCAGAAGCCAAAGCCAGACAACAAGAGGCUGAAAAUGAGAGAGACCGGUUGAUAGAAGAACUGGCUUUUUCAGAAGCUAAGCAACAGGAAUAUGCUGCUUCUCUACGUCAUACUCAAGAAGUGGCAGUUUCGGAACUGGAAGCUGCUAAAUCCAUGUUCAAUCAGAAGCUCCAGGAGUCAUUUGAUGACAAGUUUGCCUUGGAAUCACAAUUAAUUCUCGCAAAACAGGAUGCUGUUGAACUUGCACUUCAAGUGGAGAAGUUGGCAGAGAUUGCUUUCCAGCAGGCUACCUCUCACAUAUUAGCAGAUGCUCAGCAGAGGGUGUCAGCUGCUGAAACAUCUGCUGCAGAAGCAGCAUAUCAUAUAGAGGAACAGAUCAGGGGUGCUGCUGAAGGAGCAAUUCUAUCCAUUGUUAAACAGUCAGAGGACACAUUUAAUAAGGUCAUCUCAGUAACUGAAGAAGCCAGUCAGCAAGCAAAAAAUGCUAUAGCUGCACUCUCAGAUGAGAUUCGUGUUGUAGAUGAGAUUACAUCUCUCCAAUCUUUUAACUGGCAGUUGGAGAACACUGUUCGUGACCUCGAGAGUCAGCUAUUAAUUAGGCAAAAUGAGGUUGAAAAACUGAAAUCUGAACUGGAGAAUGUUCAAGAGAAAGCAAGUGCAGCAGAGGUCCGUGCAAGUAAUGCAGAGAGAGCGCUGAUUGAUCUUCAGGAAACAACCAAUAGAAUGUCUUCACAACUAGAGGAGGAAAUGAAGGCAGUGCUGGAUAAAGUUAAGCGUGAAGCAGCAGGAAGGGAAAAGGCAAUUGCAAAAGCAUUCAAGCUGGAGCUGGAGAGUAUCAAAUCUGCUGUUGAUGCAGCAAAAAUGGCUAUACAAGUGAAAGAUGAAGCCUAUGCACGAAGAUGUGCAGCUCUUGAACGGUCAUUGAGGACAUCUGAGGCGGCCCUAAAUGUCUGGAGACAGAGGGCUGAAUCGGCUGAAUCAAUGUUACAGGAGGGUGGAGCCCUAGAUCAAAGUGAAGACAUGGCCUUUAUGGCUAAUGGUGGAAGAAUAGAUCUCUUGGCUGAUGGUGAUUCUGAAAAAUGGAAGCUUCUAGCUGACGGUCCUCGAAGAGAGAUACCUGAUUAUAUGGCUCGCAGAAUUAGGUCUUUACUGCCAAGGUUUCCUCCUCGUAAAGUGCAUUCUGAAGUAUUGGCAACUGAUUAUCCAGUGUUGAGCUUGCCUAAGGCUGAUGAAGUGUGGUCCAUUGUUCAAGAAAAGCCAAAGCAGGAUGAUCUUCUUAUCAAGCAUGUCGCUGAGAAGGAAGCCAUAGAGAAGCAACGCAAGACACUAGAGCGUGCUUUGCGCCGCAGAACAAUUAAAAGACGACUACCUGAAGAGACAAAAUUAGAGCCUGGAACCGGCACAGGACGUGAGAUAGUGUUUCAAGGUUUCAAUUGGGAAAGCUGGAGGAGAGAAUGGUACAAGGAGCUUGCUGUUAAAGCUGCUGAUUUAUCACAAAGUGGAAUAACAGCAGUUUGGUUUCCCCCACCAACAGAAUCUGUUGCUCCUCAAGGUUACAUGCCAUCUGAUCUUUACAACUUAAAUUCAGCUUAUGGUACUGUAGAAGACCUUCAACAUAGCAUAGAAGAAAUGCAUGCUCAAGAUCUUCUGGCUUUGGGUGAUGUUGUACUAAAUCAUCGAUGUGCACAGAAACAAAAUCCGAAUGGAGUUUGGAAUAUAUUUGGUGGAAAGCUUGCAUGGGGCCCAGAGGCUAUUGUUUGUGAUGAUCCAAAUUUCCAAGGCCGUGGAAAUCCUUCAAGUGGUGAUAUCUUUCAUGCAGCUCCUAAUAUUGAUCAUUCACAGGAAUUUGUACGCAAGGAUAUAAAGGUCUGGUUAAAUUGGCUUCGGAAUGAUAUUGGCUUUGAUGGAUGGCGCCUUGAUUUUGUAAGGGGAUUUUCUGGUCAUUAUGUGAAAGAGUAUAUUGAAGCUUCAAACCCUGCAUUUGCUAUCGGGGAAUACUGGGACAGCUUGUCUUAUGAAGGUGGAAACCUUUGCUACAAUCAAGAUGCACAUCGCCAACGUAUUGUCAAUUGGAUCAAUGCAACCGGUGGAACAUCAUCAGCUUUUGAUGUCACUACCAAGGGAAUCCUUCAUUCUGCUCUCCACAACCAGUACUGGAGACUAAUCGAUCCUCAGGGAAAACCGACAGGAGUCAUGGGCUGGUGGCCAUCACGAGCUGUGACAUUUUUAGAGAACCAUGACACUGGGUCCACACAGGGGCACUGGCCAUUCCCAAGGGAUAAACUGACACAAGGAUAUGCAUAUAUUCUAACACAUCCCGGAACUCCUGUGAUCUUCUACGAUCAUUUUUACGAUUUUGGUCUUCGUGAAACAAUAACAGAAUUGAUUGAAGCCAGAAGAAGAGCUGGCAUACACUGCCGCAGCUCGGUAAAAAUUUUUCAUGCUAAUAACGAUGGGUACGUUGCCCACGUCGGAGACAAUCUUGUAAUGAAGAUGGGCUGUUUUGACUGGAAUCCGUCCAAAGAAAACCAGUUGGAGGGGAGUUGGCAGAGGUUUGUCGACAGAGGUGCUGAUUACCAGAUUUGGCUUAGACAGUAAAAAAUAAAAGGAAGUCUCCAAUUUUUUUUAUUUCAUCCCAAUAAAUUGAUGUAUUUCCAAGAAGCAGCUACUCUGUACAGACCGUGUCGUGCUACUGCACCUGCAGUGAGGCACCUUAUAUUUGUUCGGUUUUCUUCUAUUGUAAAAGACAUUUUGGUCAAUUAACUUCUGUAAGCAGAGCCUAGAAGAUCAAAUGUGGACAGAAUAGGUCCUGUGUGUCUGUGUGUGCAAGUUACUAAAUAUCAAACCACUUUGACAAAAACCAGACUUACUAAAAUAAAAGUGAUUAUGGAUGUGUUUGUUAUGCAA